AUGGAAAUCGACGAUGACAUAGAAUUUCAACGACAUGCAAACACCCGGCUAUGGGUUGACAAGUAUAGGCCGAAGAAAUUUACUGAUUUAACUGGUGACGAGAGAUUGAACAGAGAAUGUCUCAAAUGGUUAAAACAAUGGGAUUACUGUGUGUUUGGCAGAGCACAUCGGCAAGUCAAGGCUCAAGAUGGAGGAAAUAAAGACCCUUUGCAACGUCCCGAGAAAAGAGUAUUGUUACUUGUUGGCCCACCUGGAUCGACAAAAACUACAGUAGCGCAUGCUAUAGCGAGACAUUGUGGAUAUCACAUUGUCGAAGUUAACGCAAGUGAUGACCGGUCAGGACAAGUGGUUCAAAACAAAAUCAGAGACAUUCUUCGAUGGCAAUCUGCUUUAAACAAGAAGCCGAAUAUUCUCAUUAUUGAUGAAGUUGAUGGUGCCAUUGGCGGAGGAGAACAAAGUUUUAUUAGGCUUCUUGUUGACAUUAUAAAAGAUGACGAUACGAGGAGAGAUAAGUCAAAAGCGGGAAACAAAUCAAAAGAAAAGAAUCGCUUACGACGGCCAAUUAUUUGCAUUUGCAACGACCAAUACGUUCCUUCCAUAAGACCCCUUCGAGAAAUAGCACAGGUAUAUCAAUUCCGGAAAUGCCAGUCGGCGGUGAUUUCGCCGCAACUCCAGAAAAUAUGCAAGUUAGAAGGAGUAUCGGCGGAUCUGAGAACCUUGUCUGCACUCGUAGAUGCGGCAGAGGGAGAUCUACGAACAUGUUUGAACACUUUACAGUUUCUCAGUCAAAAGUCAAAAGUAAUUACAGCAGAAAUGGUAAAUCGGGAUAGUAUUGGACUAAGAGAUGUAAACCAGUCUUUGUUUCAUAUAUGGGAAGAGAUCUUUCAAUUAAAGAGUGGACAAAAAAAAAGGAUAGAGGGUAGGAUUGUUACCGAAGAAGUUGCUGCCUCAAGAGAGGACAAGUAUCUUGCGCGCCUUUCGUCAAUGAUUAACACAAAUUCGGAAUACGAUAAAUUGAUGCAGGGAUGCUUCGAGAACUACCCAAACAUGAAGUUUAACGAUUCAAACUUUUCUAAACGGCUCGACGUUUGCGACUGGCUUGUCUUUUACGAUCAAGUGAAUCAACGACUCAAUUCACGCCAGCAGUUCGGAUUACAACCCUAUUUGCCCUAUAGUCUCGCUGCAUUCCAUCCUUUAUUCGCAGGCAGCGUUAAACAGGACAUCAAAUAUCCGAGGACAGAUUAUCAGUAUUUCAUCAAGACAAAAGAGCGUGAACAAGCAAUUGCGUCAUUCCUUGAUGAAUCACCAAAAUACCUUAGCGCGAUAUCAAAAGAGAAAUUUGCUACAGAGUAUUUUCCUUAUGUCUCUAAAAUAAUCGACCGUGAUGCGCACCAGAAAGCGGAUCGUCUCUCAAAGGUUAUAAACCUUGAGGUGCCUCGGAAAAACAUACUAGUGUCGCAUACCGAACGAGAAGCUCCUGUUGAUUUCUUUGGGAGACCAAUAAAACGAAAGGCCGGAGCACAGGCAAAACGAGUGAAAAAGGAAGAGACACGUACUGUCUACUUCCGUUUUAACGAAGGGUUUUCAAACGCGCCUCGACAAAAGAUGCGAGUUCGGGAUUUCUUGUAA